AUGCGGGCAAUUCCUGGGGAAAAGGCCUCAGUGCAUACCACUCCCGGAUUGGGAACGGACGCGGUGGGUGUGCAAGCACGAAGAGCGGGGGGUUGGAAUCAGUAA